AUGCACUCCAAAGGCAAAACCAGCCUACGUAAGCACGAAAAGAGCAAAGUCCGUCUUUUUCGAAUUCAUCAAUCUUUGGAAAUGCAAAAGGAUUACUACUCUAUACUAAACGUUUCAAAAAAAGCAACUCAGGAAGAGAUACGGUUUGCAUAUAAAAGAGCUGCUCUUGAAACACACCCUGACCGCGUGUCUCCCAAUGAACGAACAGAAGCAACGCAGCGAUUUCAGUUGGUGAAUGAGGCCUUCUACGUAUUAGGAGAUCCUACACGUCGUUCUCAAUAUGAUCGUGAAAAUUCUUAUUCUUCUUCGUCCUCAUCAUGGUCAAAAGCGAAACCAUCUUCUUCUUUCUUUGGUGGCCGGAGCAAAGAUGAGGAUGCUUCUUCGAGUCAAGGGGAAAAGUAUUCAUAUGGAUUCCAAGAAUCUUUUGCAAACUCCCAAUUCGGUAAUAUUUUUAAUGAAAUGAUGAGUGAAUCUUCUAGCGAGGGCCUACUUCACCAUAUCUGGACCGCCAUCGGCGGUCUCGCAGGAGCUGCGCUUGGUUUCAUUGCUUUCGAUACUCCAGGAGCCCUUUUGGGAUCCUUUUCCGGUGCUAAUUUGGGCAGAAUCCGAGACAAGCAUGGCAAAAGUGCCUAUAGUGUUUUCAUGGAUCUUCCAGCUACUGAGAAAGCUCGUAUUCUAAGCAAAUUACUCUUUCAAAUUCUAAAUACUUCAAAAAAUUUUUCUAAUAAAUCACCUUAG